AUGUCAAACUCCUUCCUGCAUAUUAUCGAACAAUGCGACAAUUUCACACUCCCGAACUUUCACAGUGAACUAGUCCUGUUCUGUUUCUCAGGUGACCUAAGGUCACUCGCUUCACCGAUCGGACUGCUCUGGCCGGAGGUCGUCCAAGCACUACAAGCAGACAAUGUUGCCGCACAUACUGAAGGGCGGGAGCCCUCCUGGGUCUUUAUAUCUUCCUCAUCAAAAUCAGAUGCAGCUGGAAAGGAAUACAUAUCACACGUGCACUUUGCCUCACAUCUCACAGAUCGUAACUCACGUUCCGCCGCACUUGCUGCCACUUGCACUCGCUGGCGCGAUAUUGGACUAUUUACAGAGGAGAUUGGUGGACGAAACUGGCGUAACGAGCUAUAUCCAAUAUAUGCAAGCCCAUUUUGCGAAUUGACGCCUAGGAAUGUUAUGUGUACAAUUGAGCGUGCAGCUGCACCCUUAUUUGUGUGUGUCACGUAUAGUGCAAACAUGACCGUAUUUCAACGGACAAAGGAAGGAGAAACGAUGGUAUGGGUACCGAUCCGUGCCAAAACAAAGCAGACAUGGCCAGGUAUGAUGGACAACAGCGUUGCGGGCGGAAUUGCAGCAGACAUGUCUCCCGUAGAGGUAAUUGUGAAAGAAUCUAUGGAGGAGGCAAACCUAGCAGAGGACGUGGUCCACAAACAUGCUCGCACAGCAGGAGCUAUAAGCUAUUUCUUCCAGAAAGGAAAAUGGCUCCAGCCGGAAGUGGAGUAUGUAUUCGACCUAGAAAUCCCUUCAACUGCGGCAGCUUCCGAGCUUGAGCGAUUUCGGCCACUGCCACUGGACGGUGAAGUCGAGAAAUUUGAAUUCCUGUCACUGAAUGAGAUCAUCCCCCGGUUGCAUCAAAGGCUCUUCAAACCAAACUGUGCCCUAGUCCUAGUCGACUUCAUGAUCCGGUACGGAUACAUCACUCCAGAGAACGAGCCCAACUACUUAGAGAUUGUCACUCGACUGCAUGGAAGGUUUGAUUAUCCACUCUGGGCUCGAGUCAAGACUUCGGUUUGA